GUGGUGUACAAUUUGAACACAACACUGAAAUUUUCUAUGCGAGUUUUUAUAUUUUUUUUUUUAGUUAAACAUUUCUUGUGAUUAGUUGUAACAUAUACACAUAUAUUUUAAGUGUUACUAUUUGAUCGAGAUAUUUGAUCGAGAUAUUUUUACCGAAGCAGUAUAUUAAAUAUUUAUUUAUUGACGUGGUAUUAUCGGACAUGUUAAGGGAAAUGUUGGCUACUAUGACGACCUAAAAAUCUCAACUUUGCUACGCUCAUGCAUGCAGUACCAACACUGUAUAGUGGAUUGUACCGCGGAAAAUAGCAGACGUUAGAUAAUUGUGGAGGUUACUCCGAUUCUGACAGAUUUCUAACAUGCUAAUUCAAAUAUUAAGUUGACAACAGUUUGACAAUUUAGUAGCCAAGUUUACAUCGUAAUUUAUUUCGCGUACAGAUGUAUAGAUCACAAUUUUUAUUGUCAUUAUAGUUUAUUUUUUUCUCCCGUAUUGUGUUUAAUUUUUUUCUCAAUUUGUAUUCUCGUAAUACGCACUGCAGAGAAUAUUCCGUAUCAUUAUGAAGUUGCAUGCAGAUGUGUAUGACAAAUUAUAUUUCUGGUACAGCUAGUCAAAUUCCAUCAACUGCAAGUCGUAGAAAAAUAUGGGGUAUAGUAGGAACUAUAAGGUUAUUAGCAUGCCGGUAUCUUAUAGUGAUAACAGAUGCUACAGAAGUUGGGACAAUAGCUGGUCAUCAGAUUUUUAAAUUAGUUUCAACAGACGUUAUACCCUAUACAAAAUCUUCACUACAUCUUAGUGAAAAACAAGCGCAAAACAAUUCAACAUAUGUAGAGAUGAUCAAAUCUGUAUUAAAUACACCUUAUUUUUAUUUUAGUUAUACGUAUGAUAUCAGUCAUACAAUGCAAAGACUUCAUAAUACCCCUCCUGAAUUUUUACAGAUGCCACUUUAUGACAGGGCAGAUCUUAGAUUUGUAUGGAAUGCUUAUCUUCUGCAAGACCUAACAUCAAGGCCUGAACAAUAUAAAUUUUGUCUGCCUAUUAUCCAUGGAUGUAUCCUUGCAAGCAAAAAGGUGGGAAGAAGAAAAGACACAUCAUUUAAUUUAGGUGUAGUAUCUAGACGCAGUGUACAUCGUGCAGGAACAAGGUUAUUUUCACGUGGCAUAGAUACUACUGGUAAUGUUUCUAAUUACGUAGAAACAGAACAAUUAGUCGAAUUCAAUGGACAUCGCAUGUCUUUUGUACAAACGAGAGGUUCUAUCCCCUUAUUCUGGUAUCAGGCACCAAAUUUAAAGUAUAAACCUAAACCACAGUUGAGUACUCACGAGGAUCAUCAGACUGCCUGUGCAAGACAUUUUGAAACUCAAAUAUUUCAUUAUGGAAAGCAAAUACUAAUCAAUUUAAUCGAUCAACACGGUUCAGAAGCUACACUUGAAAAAGCAUACCACAAUGUUGUACAACGAAUCAAUAAUCAAAAUGUUCGGUACGAAAGUUUUGAUUUUCAUGCUGAAUGUAGGAGAUUAAGGUGGGACCGGCUAAAUGUGUUACUCGAUCGAUUAGCUCCUGAAUUAGAACAGAUGGGUUACUUUUUAUUAUUGGAAGAUGGAACAUUGCUGUCGGCGCAAGACGGUGUUUUCCGUACUAACUGUAUCGAUUGUCUUGACAGAACUAAUGUCGUUCAAAGUAUGAUUGCAAAAAGAGUCCUUAAUGAUGUAUUAUCAAGGUUGCAAAUCCUUAGAAAGAUCGAAGAUCAUCCUAGCAUCGAAGAACAUUUCAAACGGAUUUGGACUGACAAUGCAGACGUUAUAAGUGUUCAGUAUUCAGGUACUGGUGCAUUAAAAACAGAUUUUACACGAACUGGAAAGCGCACUAAAUUGGGUGCAAUGAGAGAUGGCUUGAAUUCUUUAACAAGAUAUUAUAAAAAUAAUUUCACAGAUGGUUACAGACAAGAUUCGUUGGACUUAUUUUUGGGUCGUUAUAUUGUGCAAGAUGGCGAAUGUACGUUAAUUCAAUGUCCUUUGGAAUCGGAACGAAAUUGGCGUUAUGCUACAUUCCCUUUGGUACUUCUUGUUGCAUCGUCCAUGCUAGUUGCUCACGUAAUUCUGCCUUCGAGAUAUACUACUGAAAUUUUGUUGUAUAUGUUAUUUUGGGGUGCUAUGGUGGCCGGUACAUUUGCAACUAUUAUUCACCAUGGCAAGCAAUAUGUGGAUAAACCUAAAUUGCUUUAGAAAAGCUUUUAAGUUCAGGUAGCAUAUAUUGUAUAAUAUUUUCAAGCUCAGAAAACACAAAUUUCUUAUUAUUUUUCACUAAUUCAGUUUUUAAUAUGUUUUCGUAUCAUUAAGUGUUAAGGUUUGCUUUAAAAAAGUCUCAAAACAAUCUAAUAUUUAGAUUUGUAAAGGGUAUUCGUAUAUGUAUUGUAGCAUUUUUAUGUUCCAAAAUUUGUAGUUUUAAUAUCUUUAAUGGGAUAAAUGUAGUGAAGUCGGGCACAUGUGUUUUUAUCGAUGUGUAUAUGGAUUGAGGAUGUAGUUAAUAUUUCCAAUUGAGAUAUUGUUAAUAUCCUUGCAUUUUCAAAUAGUAUAAAGUGUAACCUGUAAGGAAUUCUACUGUUCUUUAGAUCUAUAUGUUUUAAAAGAAUUUGUAAACUAUUGUAAAGAGUUUCUAAUUUUGAGCAACAUUUGCUCAUAUAUAAAGUCAAUCCGCAUAUAGUAUUUAAUAUUUACCGUCCAUAGAAUACCUGCGAUUUAUACUAUUUGAAAUUCUGUUUAUUUUCAAUUCGAACAUUGCAGGUGUUUGGCGGUAUGUAAUAUAUAUUUGCAAUGUAAACAAAAACAAAACAAAGUUAGUAAUAAAUUAAUAUCGAUUUCUUUCAAUGAAAAAAAGCAUGUUUUAACAAAUCAUACAAUCUUAAUGAUUGUAAUUUAUAAAUGCUAGAAUUCCUAGUCAAAAAGCGGAUUGCAUUCUAAGACAUGCAAAAUGUAUUUUAACAAUUUUGUAGGCGUACAACAUUGAACCAAAGUAUGUACUGUUUAUAAAGUAUGUAAUGUAUUAUAAAUCACAAUCACCAAUUACAAUUCCAUAUAAUCAGUCUAAUUAUGACGGGAAAUGGGGGAUAUUCUGGUAAAAGAAUAUUUUUUAAUAUUUAAGAAGCUACUUUCAUACUAAGUUCAUACCUACUCAGUUGAUACCUCUGCCCCGUUACACGUUAAUAAAGUUGUUUUCUCUUGAAAAAUUGAUGUAUUUUUAUAGUUAUAAGAGGAUAGUUGCAUCGAUUUUCAUUCAAGAAAAUUCCAUUCAUUACUAUAAUGUUGAAUAAUUUUUGGAAUGUAAAUGUUGAUUUAUUAAUUAAACAUUCAUCUAUUUUGUUUCUUUGUGUAUCCAUUAGAUAAAUCCAGCAGCAAUUAGGGAAUUGUUAUUUACCUUAAUAUAGAGGCGUUUUGUAUUUGCUUUGGAAUUCAAUCUACGUGUUUUCCUACAUAAAACACCUAACCACUCUGCAAAGUCCAUUCAGAUUGUCUGGUAAAUUGUAUAACAAAAAUAUUGUACGUAGAUAUUUUUAGCUUUUUGUUUUUAUUACAUUUGUAACGUUGUAGGUCCUCCGAU